CCAAUUGUUUAAUAAAAUAAGAGCAUGUUGCCGUUUGCAUUGCCGUUUGAGAUGUUUCAAACAAAUAUUCCCACUUUCCUAUCUGAAAAACAGAGAAGCAACUCUGGAGUAUUUUGGAAAAACGUACGUUCAUGUUUGGGUAAACGGUUACAUAAACACACACUAAAUAGUUAUUUCCAAGUUCAAAUCCAUUCUGCUCUUCACAGCAUUUCAUAGGGAGUGACUGAAAACAUUGAAUCAAGACAAACAAGGUAAAAACAAUUGAACAAAUCGAUAUCAAAACAGAGUUUUCUAGUAUAAGAGGGAUGUAUAUUCUCUCCAAAAAUGGCAAAACAUACUCAGUAGCAAUUAGCAAAGAACUUCAUAAAUGCAGUUAUUCCCUCUAGAAUUUCAAGCUAUAUAUGUGCCGCUUCUGCAGCUUUUGAAUCUCAGUGGGAUUUUGACUAUUUUCUUUUGUGGCAUUGUGAUGUCACACUACACUUGGCACAAUGUUACAGGAAGCUCAAGGACAACAACCAAGCACUCCUUUGCAACCAUCUCAUUCAUUUCUGAAACAUUUAUAUUCAUGUAUGUUGGCAUGGAUGCUUUAAACACUGAUCAGUGGAAAAAUAGCAAAGCCAGUGCAGGAACUUCAGUUGCUGUGAGUUCAACGUUGUUUGCAUUAGUGUUGAUUGGAAGAGCAGCUUUUGUGUUUCCUAUUGCAAAUAUUACAAAUUGCAUAAAGAGAAGAGAGAGUUCCAAAAUUGAGUUUCGAUCACAGUUUAUCAUAUGGUGGGCAGGCCUGAUGAGAGGUGCUGUGACUAUUGCCCUAAGUUAUAACCAGUUUUCAAAAUCCAAGAGAACAUUAGCUCAAGACUCGACAUUAAUGAUCACCUCAACAAUACUCGUGGUCUUAUUCAGUACUGUGAUAUUUGGUUCCAUAACAAGGCCUCUUAUUGAAGCUGUGCUGCUAAGGCAUUCAAAACCAGCCACUUCUGAUUCCCCUGAUAGUCCAGAAGAUUUGAGAUUCCAAUUACUUGAAGUCAGUGGUCCCAUUAACCAAAGUAAUAAUCAACCAUUUCAUAGGCAAAGUAGCCUAAGAUUGCUCACAAGUUAUCCAACCACAACUAUUCACUACUUUUGGAGGAUAUUUGAUGACAAGUUCAUGAGACCUGUAUUUGGUGGAAGGGGUUUUGUUUCAUCUGUUCCUGGUUCAUUAUCUAGUGAAGCAGAGGAAAUUUCUUGAAACACAAUUAAGCUGCUUCUCUUCAUCUUUUCUUUCAAUAGUUAAUGCACAGACGGUGGUUUUGUUACUUUUGUAUAACUAAAACCGUAAUGCCUAUUUAAACCAUUUUCUCUGUACAAUGCCAAAAGUUGUUACAUGGAAAAAUCAGAUUUGAGGGUGA